AUGGCCCAAGGCACGCGAACGGCCGCCGCCGCUCCAACGGCACCAGCACCCUCCAACGGCGUCGCGGGCACCCACGCAACCCCAGCCGCCGCCGUGAAUCGCAAGAAGCAGAAGCGGCGGGAGAAGGAAGCCGCGAAGAAGGCAGCAGAGGCUCAGAAGCAGCCCGCGGUACCUGUGAAGAACGGCAUACCGCCGCCUGCCCACCAACCCGCUCAGCACCACCACGUGCCGCCCGCCCACCAGCAGGCGCCGCAGUACACAGACGUCGACUACCAAGCCGAAUUCGACGACGGCACUCCGCAUGACGAAGAGGGCGACUUCUAUUCGGACGAGGCGGACGAUGGCUACUACGACGAGCAGGGUUAUCCGACUAACGGUCAUUAUGAGCCUGGGUACUCACCACGACCGCCGACCGAAAACGUGGGCAAAAAGGGCAAGAAAAAAUCAAAAGCCUUGCCGCCAUCUCAACCUGCAUACCACAACACUCCCUUACGACCGAAUCACAAUGCGCGCAAGCCCAACGCCAACAAGAACAACCGCAUAUGGAACACCACAACCCAGGAAGAGCGGGAGCGCAUACGCGAGUUCUGGCUGUCGCUGGGCGAGGACGAGCGCAAGUCGCUGGUCAAAAUCGAGAAGGAAGCGGUUCUGCGCAAGAUGAAGGAACAGCAGAAGCAUUCCUGCAGCUGCACAGUGUGUGGGCGGAAACGGACGGCAAUCGAAGAGGAGCUAGAAGUCCUCUAUGACGCAUACUACGAAGAAUUGGAGCAGUAUGCAACCCACCAUACAUCCGCCGGUAACAUUUUCUCUCAUGCUAAUUACGGUUUUCCUCCCAGUGCCCCUCGUCCGAUUAUGCCGACCCAUGCCUCGCCGGGGCACUACAGCGAUCCCGAAGAGUACUCAGGUGACGAAGAGGAGGGUGACCAAGACUACUCUAAUAGUGAGAUAUCAUCUGAGGAAGACUACAGUGAGGAAGAGCCGAGCUUACCACCGCCCGAAACUGCAGAUUUUCUCCGGUUCGGCAAUAGUCUACAAGUAAAAGGUAUUGCAUCUGUCAUGUCGCUGUUGCGGGAGAGACUGAUGCAUUCUCCAGGCGGAAUCCUAACGGUGGCCGACGACCUGCUCAAAAACGACGGGAAGAAGUUCAUCGAAAUGAUGGAGCAACUCGCAGAGCGGAGGAUGCAGCGAGAGGAAGAGGCACAAUAUCAAGCUCAUCCUUCCAUGUACCGAGGAGGCCCUCACAACUCUCAUCACAACCCGCCGCCGGAAGAAGAUGACUUCGACGACGAAGAAGAGGAUGAGGAAGGUUACGAAGACGGGGACUACGAGGACGAUGACGAGGAUGAAGAAGACACUAUGACCGAAGAGCAGCGGAUGGAAGAGGGGCGACGCAUGUUUCAAAUAUUUGCCGCGCGAAUGUUCGAACAGAGGGUCCUCCAAGCAUAUCGUGAAAAGGUCGCAAAAGAGCGCCAGGAGCAACUAUUGCAGGAAUUGAUAGAGGAAGACCAGCAACAGGAGCUUAAGGACGCGAAGAAAGCUAAAGAAGCGGCGAAAAAGAAGGAGAAGAAAGAGAAGCAGAAGCAGCUGAAGUUGGAAGAGAAGGCACGCAAGGAGGCUGAGCAGGCCGCCAAGGAGGCUGAGCUAAAAGCAGCUGAGGAGAAGAGACAAGAGGAACAGCGGAGGAAGAAGGAUGAACAGAGGAGGAAGAAGGAAGCCGAGCGCAAAGCUCAAGAGGAAGAAAAACAGCGGAAGGAGGCUGAACGCGUUCGUCGACAACAAGAGGAACGUGAGCGGCAGCAAGAAGCUGAGCGAAAGGCGCGAGAGCACAAGCAACAGGAGAAGAAAGCCCGAGAAGAAGCUAAGCGGAAGGAACGCGAGGAACGUGAGGCGAGAGAGAAGGAGGCGAAGGAAAAGAAAGCUCAGGAUGAAAAGGACCGGCGAGAACGUGAGGCCAAGGUGAAAGUAGAGAAGGAACGGGCACGAAAAGAAGAGCAAGCCACUGCUCAGAGUACGGCUGCGCCGGCUAAGAAGAACUCACAUCCCGUCGCUGUGGCUCUGCCACCUCAGUUGCUGAAGCAAACUUCUUCAACGGGAUUUCCUUCGCCCCACGUAACACCGGCUGUACCAAAAGCGCCCACACCAAGCAGACCACGUCAAAGCUCGCAGCAAGGUUCGCAUGGAUCAUCUCCAAAGCCUUCGAGUAAAUCAAUGUCGCCUGCUUCACACGCGCAGGCCCCCAUCGUUCCCAAGUCAAUCCUUACCAAACCACCGACCUCGCAACAGCCUACUCCGGCACCUCCAACGCAGCCUACAUCGCCAAUGCCUCCAAUAGGCCCACCCCCUGGGAUGCCAAUACCCCCAAACAUGGGUAUGGGCAACAUGCCGCCUGGUCUGAACGGUUUUCCCGGACAGAUGCCAGGCAUGAUGGGUCCCGGUCGCAGCAUGCCAAUGUUUCCGCCCCAGCCUAUUGCGCAGCCUUUCCGCGGUUUCCCACCUCCAGGCAUGCAUGCACCAAACCCUAUGCCGAUGGGCCGAGGAUUCCCUAUGGAUGGACCUCCUCCAGGUUUUGGCCCAAUGCAAGGUUUCCCGACACCGACUCACCCUCCUGGUUUUGGAAUGGGUAUGCCCACUCACUCACGGCAAGCAUCAGGCUCCUUCGAUAAGCAGAACGCCGAUAGCCCUAUCGGUCCACCAGGAGCACAUCCCAUCCAGCGACCAGCGCCCAUUCAACGCCCAUCCAGCACCAAGCCUCACGAGGUCCAUGGCGAAGUCGAUGAGCUCGCAGAUCAUCUAGGGAGCAAAGCUUUGUUGGAUGACGCAGAAGACCUUGAUCUUGACGAAUUCAACCCCACGGCGGCACGUAGGAGGAGCACACAGCCUGGACAUGGCUCGUUGCGCGGAGCGCCACUUGGAUUCGGAUUUGCCGACGUGCCAGGGCCGCCCCGACCUGAGAUUCCUGGACCAUUUGCAGGCUCGAACAAUGCGAGCGUCUGGGGAACGCCACCGAUGGGCGGCAUGCCUUUUCCGAUGCCUGGCGCCGGCUGGGGUACCUCUCCAACGUCCAACAUCUUCAGCAAUCCGUUUCCCAUGAUGUCAGCGCAGCGACCGAACGAACAACGAGGACCGGGUGAGCAGCGGCUUGUCUGGCUCCGACGCAUAGUAUGCUCGACUUGCAAGAUGCUGUCCAUGCGGCAACCUGGUGCAGAUGGUUAUAUGGACGCUCAGGAGGUCCACAGUCAUAUCGAGUCGGCGCGUGGGCCUACCGAACCUACGGUGGGCAUGCAGGAGAUCAAGGAGGCAUGCGACAUCAUCGGGGACAACAACAACGGUGGUGGGUCUCUUGAAUACAAAGAAUCACCACCCGGGCAGCUGAGCCACAUCAAGUUCGUGGACGCGGGCGCCAUACCGCCGCCCACGCUCGGCGAGAUUGGUAGCCCCAUCCCUUCGCACAGCGUGCCGGUGGGAGGAGGAUUUGGAGCGGGCAGGCCGUUUCCUGGACUUGGGCCGCAGGCUUUCUGA